AUGGCGCGACGGCGCGCGACGGCGACGCGAACGGCGACGCGCGCGCUCGUCGCGGCGCUCGCGGCGCUCGCGCUCGAAGCGACGACGACGCGCGCGACGACGGCGGCGGAGGAGGCGAGCUUCUACCGAACGACGUACAGCCCGAACGACGCGACGACGUGCGAGGUCGGGCCGUACGGGUGGUUCUGCGAGCCGUCGAACAUCGAGUACUCGACGCAGAUUUGGGACCCGAACACGGCGUACGAGGCGGACGACGUGACGGCGUCGACGAGCGAGUGCGCGUACUGCGGGAUUUGCGCGACGUGCGAGACGGGAAACUUGACGUGCGUGCGAAACGCGGCGGCGGUGUGUUACGAAUCGUGCACGGACGAUGAGGUGAGGGCGCGGUUGGCGACGUGUGACGUGGAGAUGGAGACGUGCAUGUCGCUGUAUCACGACGUGGUGCGGUACGAUUUGCGAGAGAGCGUGGGAUACGCGUACGAGUUUUACGUCAACGAGUUCAACGGUAGCGACGCGUGGCUGGGGACGCGGAGCGAGCCGUGGAAAACGCUAGCCAGGGCCGAACGCAGGGUGCGGUUCAUACGAACGGUGACGGAGGCGAGCGGGUUGGGGAAGGAGUUAUCGGCGCCGAUUCAGGUGUGGAUACGAGACUUGAAGGCGGACGGAGGCUUGGACGCGAAAAACAACACGCACAACGGGCGGUACUCGGGGAAGACGUACUUGAAAUAG